GACGAGGAUCGGUUCUUUACAAACACGUACCCAACCUGACCUAGUCUUUUAAUUCAUCGGAGAAAAUAAAUUGACCUUGACACCUACGUAUGAUCAUGGCUCGCCUUAAUAAAGCUACCCUUCACAAGCCAGAUUCAUUGGGGGAAACUCUGGCUUACUUUAUAACUCGAUAUCAGCCCCCGUACAUUGCUCAAGUGUUGGAGGGAGUCGAGAGCCAUAAUGGAGCUUGUUCUGUAUCAGUUGACGAAUUGUUGACCGUACACAAAAGCGUGCAGCUGAGGCGAAUCAGAAUGAGGGAUUCCAAAGGUAAGCACUAUUUCUUGCCCGUUGACAACUCAACGCGCGUUGAAAUCGUACCCAAGACUCGUACACGCCUUACAAAAAGUUUUGGCCCUCAUCUGAUCCGCACAGCAAGGUUUCUGCGCGUCUUGAGAGAUGUUCCUGAGCUGAAACUCAACGAGGGAGAUGUUUUAGAACCUUUUCUGUUUGAAUCCACGAGCAAUACUGAAGCGGAAACUUUAAAAUGCAAAAUUCUUCGUCAGCCAGGAAAGGAAAUUAGACUCCCACUUCACUGGAGAGUACCUCUUGAGUCUUUUCAAGACUUCAACCCAAGAAGCUACACCAUAAGAUAUGUAGCUGAUAAUAUUGCUUUUCCAGUGGCUGUGAGAUUUGUUGGGAACGUAGUAUUCUACUCUGAUGUAACAGCAAGUUUGAGAGGAGAAUUUUAUUUCGAGGAGGUUGUGGAAGAGACCAUCGUUAUCGCAACCACAGGAGUAAAACAGGAUCAGUUUACGAUUCUAAAACUCCCCCUCGAUCUACCAGUAACCUUAUAUCCUAUCAAAAAGCUUCAUUGCGAUUCAAAAUACAUUAAUCGAUAUUGGAAAUACCUACAGGAAGAAUUGGAUAAGCUUGAAAAGCAGAUUACAACUGUUGAUAAUGACCUUCUACCCUCGAGUCAUUUUGAAAAUAUGGGGCGAGUUGCGCGGCUUCACGAGGAAAUUGGAGAUCAUCUUAAGACAAUGAGAGAAUGCCAGCCAGCUGUAAAGGGUUUAGACAAAGGCGUGGUCGUUCCAAAGCCAAAUCUUUGUGAAGAUUUCUACGAGCCAAUGAUGCCCUCCCUGAUAAACGAGGUAGACAAAUGCAUGCCGUUUCAAGAGGAGGUUGAACAUAAUUACGAAGCUAUGAGCUCCUGCACAUUAGGCAAACAAAGCGAGUAUGCGUCUGUUUUCGAUGGGGGCAUCAACAGUUACGAUGCCGUGGAACCCUUACCUUGCUCUGUUCCGUAUUCGAGUGCAAAGAGACGGCAGAGCUUUCGCAGUAAAAGCGUUGAGAGCCUCCGGGAGGAACCUUUCUAUUCCUCGCUUACUUCCAUUUUUCAAGGAGCCUCUCCCUUAGAAAGACCGCCACAUGUGUAUGAGAAAUUGGAGAACAAAUCGUCGACGGCAUUGCUAAGGAAAACGAAAUCUAAAAAAGAUCGCAUAAAAAGCUAAGAGGCAUAAUUUUACCAUUUUUAAAUCAUCGGAAUACUGAAGGCGUGUGUCAGAAAAAAAUAAAAUAGAUUAGUCCAUUGAGGAUUCCGAAAAAAUUCUUGCAUGGGCAAACUCCCAUUAAAGCAAUAGUUCGGUUUUUUUUUUUUUUUAAGAAAAAGUGUUCAAAUUUCAGAAAUGGUGCUUUUUCCGAUCAUGUUAUCUUGCAUGAUCAUAUCAAACUAGUACUUAUUGCCCUUGAAGGUGAACAUUUGCUUCCACUGGCGUCCAGGAUAGCGCGGACACAAGUUUUCGUUCUGUGCUUGCGCAUUGUUGUUUCACUGGGAAAGGAUAAAAAUGAAACAAAUAUGGCGGCCAGAGUGAAGAGAGAGUCUACUGCGCCAAAACGGUAUGUGGACGAGGUUUUGUCAGAAAUGUCAUCCAAAAAGAUGAAAAAAGAAAAAGCCGAUCGUAAACUUUAUCCUGUCGAUGUGAUAGACGUGGAAAAGAUUGGAAAGCGAGUGAAAAUUAACUAUGAAAAUUAACUACAGCGAACGGUACGACGAGUGGCGGCCAUGUGAUAGUGGGGAUAGCAACCCUCCUUUCCAGCGGAUGGAAUCUCUUCCUAUUCCUUCUAGUACUUCUCUUGAGGACCGGACGGAAUAAGUCCAUGGAGAACUGUAUCGUGAAAUAAAAAGAAAACUGUAUUCUGGCCGAAAGGAUGAUCCAGCAACCCGUGUUGAAAUUCGAAUUGAUCAGGAUGUGUUUGAUGAAGGACUGGCAUUAGCAGGUAAGCCAAGUAAAGAAAGAGGGAAGACUGUCUAUCGGAUCGACUCCAAUGAGGCAUUAAACCAUUUGCUGGGAAUCAAAUGGGAUGAACGCAUUUUCAAUGAAAAUGGUGAUUUUGCAUUUGUCUUUGAUAAAACAGUGCGUUUCUGGUUGUCUAGAAAGACUGCCAUCCAAGAAUUUAAGGUAAUAGGGGGAAAAUACAUUAGAUCUGAAAUAGAGGACAAUUUAUGCGUAGUAUUUACAUUUGUAAGGGGUGAUGGAAAUAAGCAUAAUUAUGCUACAAAAAACUGAUUAUCGUUAUUAAAUGUCUUCAUGCUUUUCCAUUCCUCUUAAAAAAAAUCAUUGUGCAAUUACAUUAUAUAUUAUAUUAUUGUAGUAUACAUAUAUCUGUAUAUACUGACAUGACAGGGCUGUAAAUAAGGGCCAUAACCCAUAACACUCGGCAGCUGAGUUAGUUUGAUUUUGACUGGAUAUUACGUAUCCACUCAAAAUGGUUACUGUUAGCAAAGAGACUGCUAUCAACAAUAUUGUUAGGGAUGAAACAUUAAAGCCAGUGGGUGUUUCACUGAAACUUAUUGUCAGCCCUGUGGUAUCUAUAUGUGUAAACUUUACAAAGAUCAGACUGAACUUUUCAGGUUACAAUCCAAGUACAGUGUAUGUUGAUGUUGUCAACUGGUAAAUAAAAUUAUAGUGAUUUUU